AUGGCGUCGCAAACACCCGCCGUUGUCAUGGACAACGGCACCGGAUACUCGAAACUUGGUUUCGCGGGAAAUGAUUCUCCCUCCUUCGUCUUUCCAACGGCGAUUGCCACAAAAGCCAGUGGUGGGCCCAGUGGGGGAACAGGUGCGGGAAGACCGCAAGUUGCGAAUAAACCAUCCUUCCUGACUGGAGGCGCGGGGCCAAGUUCAUCGUUGUCGGCAAAGAGGGGCACAGAAGACCUGGAUUACUUCAUUGGCGAUGAGGCACUCGGUGCAAGCUCCGGGCCCGGAUAUGGGCUUCAUUAUCCUAUUCGUCACGGUCAAAUCGAGAACUGGGAUCACAUGGAGCGAUUCUGGUCGAACUCCAUCUUCAAAUACCUGAGAGUGGAACCGGAGGAUCACUACUUUCUCCUGACGGAACCACCAUUGAACCCCCCAGAGAACCGAGAGAACACGGCUGAAAUCUUCUUUGAAUCGUUCAACUGUGCUGGAUUGUACAUUGCCGUGCAGGCGGUGUUGGCUCUUGCUGCGUCGUGGACAUCAUCCAAAGUAACAGACAGGUCUUUGACAGGCACAGUCAUCGACUCUGGUGAUGGCGUUACUCACGUUAUUCCAGUGGCAGAGGGAUACGUCAUUGGGUCGUCCAUCAAGAGUAUUCCAAUUGCAGGUAGGGACAUCACGUACUUUGUUCAAAAUCUCCUACGUGGAAGAGGAGAACCGGACAGCGCAAUGAAGACCGCAGAGAGAGUCAAGGAAGAGUACUGUUACGUCUCGCCGGAUAUCGUCAAAGAAUUCGCGCGCUACGAUAGGGAACCAGAUCGAUUUUUGAAACAUACCGUCACAUCUCCAAACGGGAGAACUGUCACCAUCGACAUUGGCUACGAACGAUUCCUUGCGCCAGAAAUCUUCUUCAACCCCGAGAUUUAUUCGUCAGAUUUCCUAACCCCACUUCCCAACGUCGUCGACGGUGUUAUCCAGUCCUCUCCCAUUGAUGUAAGACGAGGGCUAUAUAAGAAUAUCGUUUUGUCUGGAGGAUCAACCUUGUAUAAAGACUUUGGCCGCCGAUUGCAGCGUGAUAUCAGACAUUUGGUCGAUGCUCGUAUUCGUGCUUCAGAAGCUCGAAGCGGCGGAGCUAAGAGUGGUGGAUUGGACGUGCAAGUCAUUACUCACAAGAGACAGCGUCAUGGACCCUGGUUUGGCGGCAGUUUGCUUGGCCAAACACCUGAAUUCCGCAGCUACUGCCACACCAAGGCCGAGUAUGACGAGAUUGGCCCGUCCAUUGUGCGAAGAUUCGCUUUGCUUGGAGGACCUGGAAGUACUUAG